UGAAAAUGAAUUCUGAAGGCAGAUAUGAGGUUGUUAAUCAUGUGAUAAUGCACAACCAUGAUUUAACUAGAAGUCAAUGGCACUACUUGCAUAGAUCUGAAAGGCAAAUAACGGAAGAGAAGAGGGAGGCAAUUGAAACUAUGCAAAAAUCUGGUCUGUCAUCCACGGCUUCCUUUAACUACAUGGCAAUUGAAGCUGGAGGUGAAGAAAAUUUGGGACACUCGAAGAAAGACCAUCUAAAUUACUGCACGAGGUUAAAAAUGAAGCAAAUAGAAGGAGGUGAUGCACAAGCAGUAACUGACAUAAUGUAUUUAGAGCUUGAAAGUGACCCAAACUUCUUUUUUAGAUUUAGAUUGGAUGAAAAAGGUAAAUUGAGGAGUUUGUUUUGGAGGGACUCUAUGAUGAUGGAAGACUAUGGAAUUUUUGGAGAUAUAGUGGUUUUUGACACAACGUAUAGAACAAACAGGUAUAACCUAAUUUGUGCUCCAAUAGUUGGAAUAAACAACCACUGGAACAAUUGCAUGUUUGGUUGUGCAUUCAUAGGGGAUGAAAAGAUUGAGUCGUUUGUGUGGCUUCUACAAACUUUCAAAAAGUCAAUGGGGGGAAAAAGUCCAAUAUCAAUCUUUACAGAUCAAGAUGCAGCAAUGAACAAUGCCAUCAAUCAGGUCUUUCCAGAUUCAAGACACAGAUUAUGUGUAUGGCAUUUGCAUCAGAAUGCUAUUACCAGAUUUGGGGCAUUGAAACGAGAUCCAACUUUUAAGAAGACAUUCAACUAUUGCUUGUAUAAGUGUGUCACAGUAGUUGAAUUUGAAACCAAUUGGAGAUCAAUGCUGCAACAAUAUGAGCUGAUAGGGGAAGAGUGGUUUACAAAUGUAUACGAUUUGAGAGAAAAAUGGUGCCCUGCGCUAAGCAAAGACUUCUUUUCAGCUGGGAUUUUGUCUUCACAACGAAGUGAAAGCACUAAUCACGCCAUCGGAUUUAGAGCAAACAGAACAACAAGUUUAACUGAUUUCUAUAGAUUGUUCAAAGGUACAAUACAGCGUUGGAGAAGUACAGAAAAGCAAGCUGAAUUCUCUUGUAGUAAAUCGGUUCCAUCCUCGGCUUUACCACUAUCUGGAUUGCUGAAACAUGCAUCAGAAGUUUACACAUUGUCACUAUUCAGAGACUUCGAGGAGGAAUUUGGAUAUUCAAUUGCAACAACAGCAAAAUUAAUUUGGAAACAAGAAAAUACUGAAUUCUAUGUUGUGUCCAUUGAUGAAGAACCUUGGUCUGCACAGAGAGUAACAUACAUCCACGAGAGCCAAACAGUAUCAUGUACGUGUAAAAACUUUGAAGCUUCAGGAUGGUUGUGCUACCACUGCAUUAGGAUAUUGCACCUUCAUUCGGUUAACCGGAUUCCAGAACAGUACAUCAAAAAGAGGUGGACAAAAUCUACCAAGUCAUCAGUUUGGAACAAAUUAGAAAAUGAAAAACCAGAAGAGGUGCAGUACACACCUUGGCGCCAAACCAUGGCUAGGAAAUACUACAACCUUACCUUGAAAAGCCAGUCAAAUGAGGAGACAAGAACCCUUAUGGAGGAUGGUUAUGCCGCUAGUGUGUCUCUGGUUGAUGAACUUCUGGCGUCAUUAAAUGUUUCAAACACUGACGACGCUUCAACCACAGAAACAAGUGCAACAGCAGCACCUGAAACAAGUGCAACAGCAGCACCUGAAACAAAUGCAACAGCAGCAUAUGAAACAAACUCAGCACCAGCAGGUACUCAUGCAACAACAACAAGUGAUACAAGUGUACAACAAGCAACAAGUUCUGAACCUGCAACAAACACAGCAACUGAACCUCCUAUGGUGUUUGAUCCUGAACGUUGCACAACAAAAGGAAGGAACAAAAGACCACGAGGACCAUUUGUCAAAAAGAAGAGGGAAAAACUGCAGCGCCUCCAACAGCAGACUUUGGAACAAUAA